CUUGGGGAUUUGACUGUUGUGGUUCUUCUUGGGGGCUGUGAAGUGCAGUUUAUUAUUUUUUUUCCGGCGAGAAAGUUUUGGGGAGGAUUCUUCUAAAUAAUUCUACAUUUUCUUUUGGAGGAGCGACUUACUCUUUUUGUCUUCUUUAUUACUCCCCUCCCCCCUUGGGACCCGCUGGACGCGUGGAGGAGACCGCACCCGAAGCCGAUUCUGUACAGCAAGACAGCGCUUUCCGCCUCUGGGGGAGCGAUCCCCCCACGCCCCUGGGUCCUACGGAGCCUGGACUUUCAGGAGGCACAGCGGCAUCUUGUGGGGGCCUGGGCACCGCAGAGGAAUUGCACAGAAACUUUGCCAUUGUUGGAGCGGGACGCUGCCCCCAUCCCGAGUUUCCUCGGACAGCGCGCUUUGGGGACGCGCUCGGCUCACCCCGGACUCGCACCUUCUUUUCCACCCGGCCAUAGCCUUGGCUUCCCGGCGACCUCAGCGUGGUCACAGGGGCCCCCCUGUGCCCAGGGAAAUGUUUCAAGCUUUCCCCGGAGACUACGACUCCGGCUCCCGGUGCAGCUCCUCACCCUCCGCCGAGUCUCAGUAUCUGUCUUCGGUGGACUCCUUCGGCAGUCCACCCACUGCCGCCGCCUCCCAGGAGUGCGCCGGUCUCGGGGAAAUGCCCGGUUCCUUCGUGCCCACGGUCACCGCGAUCACAACCAGCCAGGACCUCCAGUGGCUCGUGCAACCCACCCUCAUCUCUUCCAUGGCCCAGUCCCAGGGGCAACCACUGGCCUCCCAGCCCCCGGCCGUCGACCCCUACGACAUGCCAGGGACCAGUUACUCCACGCCGGGCCUGAGCGGCUACAGCGGUGGCAGAGCUGGUGGCAGUGGUGGGCCUUCUACCAGCGGAACCACCAGUGGACCUGGGCCUGCCCGCCCGGCCCGAGCCCGGCCUCGGAGACCCCGAGAGGAGACGCUUACUCCGGAGGAGGAGGAGAAGAGAAGGGUUCGCCGGGAACGCAACAAAUUGGCAGCAGCUAAGUGUAGGAACCGUCGGCGGGAGCUGACUGACCGACUCCAGGCGGAGACAGAUCAGCUGGAGGAAGAAAAGGCAGAGCUGGAGUCGGAGAUCGCUGAGCUCCAAAAGGAGAAGGAGCGUCUGGAGUUUGUGCUGGUGGCCCACAAACCGGGCUGCAAGAUCCCCUACGAAGAGGGGCCGGGCCCCGGCCCGCUGGCGGAGGUGAGAGAUUUGCCGGGGUCAGCACCCACUAAGGAAGAUGGUUUCAGCUGGCUGCUACCGCCCCCGCCGCCACCGCCCCUGCCCUUCCAGACCAGCCAAGACGCAUCCCCCAACCUGACAGCUUCUCUCUUUACACACAGUGAAGUUCAAGUCCUCGGCGACCCCUUCCCCGUUGUUAACCCUUCGUACACUUCCUCGUUUGUCCUCACCUGCCCGGAGGUCUCCGCGUUCACCGGCACCCAACGCCCCAGCGGCAGUGACCAGCCCACCGACCCCCUGAACUCGCCCUCCCUUCUUGCUCUGUGAACUCUUUAGACACAAACCAAACAAACACAAGGGAGAGAGAUUUGGAAGAGGAGGAGGAAAAGAGAGAGAGGGGAAGAGACAAAGCGGGUGUGUGGCCUCCCUGCCUCUCCUGUCUGACUCUACGGCCGUUGUCA